UUCGCUUAAGCGUUGGGUUUCUCAUGGGCGGUUUCCAUCAAAAGUCCGUUGCUCUCUUCCGUACUUUCGACGGAUUCAAGCUCGGACGUUUUCCUGCAAUUAUUUAGGGGUUCGAAUUUCAAUCCCUCGACGCUGCCGCUCUCAUUGCAUAGCGCGCAUCCUGCUCUUUCGAAUGUUUUACGCUUUCUCUAGAUGGUUCUUGCUGAACUCACGGUCGCGCUGACAUUCCUCGCUUUUGAUUCCAUGCUCGGUCCGGUCGGAGAGCGACGAGCGGAUGGUUCGGAGAGGACGGUGGUCCUUGGAUACGAACAUAUAGUGAAAAACGUGGUAGCAGCGGUCGUCCUAUGCGACUUCGAACAUAACGUGGGACAGGGUCGACGAGGCGAGGAGCUGAGGAAUGGUGGAGAUGGGAGCGGAAUUCCAUGUAUUAUAGCACGUUCAAUUCAGCGGGGCAUGGCGGAUCAGGCAUCUACACAUAAGUAUGGUACCAAUAUAACACUUAAUUGUGGACAAUAGCGGUGCGUACGAAUGCAUAAGCCAGGGAUGGUGGUACUGGAGGCCUGGGGCAGCGUGACCAU